AUGCCGGAGACCGGGCAGGAACCUCCUAACGCCCCUCCGCCGCCGGCCAAGGAAUCCUUCUACAUCAAGAACCUACUCAACGGCGGCCCCCCCAAGGCGAGCCCAAAACAACCGCGGGCUCUGUUCGCCCCCUCGGGCAAAGCGGCGGCGGCGGCGGCGGGGGGGGCCGCCGUCGGCGCCGGUUUCGCCCUCUCGCAGGUGGGCGACCUCGCUUUCCCCCGCUUCGAGAUCCCGGCACCGCGCUUCGCCUUGAGCGCCCACUGCCUGGAACGGGCCCAGACCUGGUGGUACCCCUACGCCCUGACGCCGGCCGGAGCCCACCUGCCCCGCACGGAAGCCGCGGAGAAAUCCCUGCUGAGGGACUCGUCCCCCGCCUCGGGCACCGACCGGGAUUCCCCGGAGCCGCUGCUGAAGGCGGAGGGGGAGCAGAAGGAGCUGGACUCCAAGAGCCCCCCCGACGAGAUCGUCCUGGAAGAGAGCGACUCGGAGGAGGCGAAGAAGGAAGGGGGAGCGGAGGACUGGAAGAAACGGGAGGAGAGCCCGGAGAAGAAACCCUGCCGCAAGAAGAAGACGCGGACGGUGUUCAGCCGCAGCCAGGUUUUCCAGCUGGAAUCCACCUUCGACAUGAAGCGCUACCUGAGCAGCUCGGAACGGGCCGGCCUGGCCGCUUCCCUCCACCUGACAGAGACCCAGGUGAAGAUUUGGUUCCAAAACCGCCGCAACAAGUGGAAGAGGCAACUGGCGGCCGAGCUGGAAGCCGCCAACCUCAGCCACGCCGCCGCGCAGCGCAUCGUCCGCGUCCCCAUCCUCUACCACGAGAACUCGGGCGCGGAGGGGAGCGCGGGGGGCGGCGGAGCCCCCGGUACCCAACCCCUGCUCACCUUCCCUCACCCCGUCUAUUAUUCCCACCCCGUGGUCACCUCCGUACCGCUCCUGCGGCCCGUCUGA